AUGCGAGUUCGAUACCUCCGAAUCAGUUGCAACAUGCUCGUCCGAGUGCCUAAUGAAAGGAAAUGGCAAUCACUAAGUGGGCCAUUUGUAAGUACGACCAACUAUGAGCUGCCAGCUAAAUUAGCCAAAGUGUUCUAUCGCACUCUUGGGAGGUUCUUUUGCUGCAAUGAAGUCGAGCCUGAGCGAGUGCUUGCUGUGCUGGAUAGCAUCCUUAAUAAGCCUGUCACACAUGCUAAUAUAACCCAACUGAUAGAACUUUGCUGCCACCUCGUUAAUCGUCUGCCUUUCGUUGUGGAGAAACUUCAUAGUUGGGCAAAAGAUUUGAUGUCGAAGGAGAGCCAUCUUCUGAACCCUCCUUUGGCUUAUCUCCUUUUGGCGCCUUCGAUACAGCUACCAAGAGAUACAGACACACUUGCAAAGGGAACGGACUUCGAUCGCUAUGUAAUAGCACGGGUAGCUUUCCGUAAUGGACAUUGGAAAAGUGCUGCACUGCCAAAUCUCAAGGCAAUAAAUAUCAAUAGAUUGUCACUUGAAAGCUGUGAAUGGAUUCAAGCUUUGCAAGAGCUGGCAGCUAGCCAACUCAGUGAAUUUUCCGUUCCUGCUUUGUAUGAACAGAACCAGCAUCUUUCCAAGGCACACGCGCUUCUGAAGCCAAUGGCUCAAAGCACACAGCAUGAGACUGCAUUUGCAUUUCCUAGUGAGUGGGUCGCUUGUUUGCUGUACUCAUCUGAUGCAGCUAUACAAAUCGCUAGUUGCAUCAGCCCUACUCUCAGUUGGUGCAAGCACCCUUUGUCAGAAGCAGUGGUCUUUCGAGUAAAAAGAGCGCUGGUCGCAUGCGACUACGCGAUCACGAGAGCAUGUCAAGCAUGGUUACAUUUGGCUAGAUCGUCCUUUGGCGCCGACGAGGAGUCCAUUGACUUUUUGGAUCUACAGCAUAAACAGUGUGCUUUGGUACAGUAUGCUCUGAACUGUAUCACCGAGAGGAUAGCGACCAAGCCUCCACUACCAUCUACAUCGAGCAACACUACAGUAAUCCAGUUAUUUUUGGAAGAACUCAGGCUUGCAUCAAGUCAAAUAGAUCAAUUAGCCGCGCAGGAUGAGGCCAUUACCAUGCAGUCCCUAAAACACUUCGCUGAAGUACUUCAUAACCUCUACACUUACCCGCUUUGUAUGCCGAGAUUUUUCUUCCAACAAAUGUACGCUACAAAUAUUCAGAUGUCGGUAUCGAUCCAUUCCCAAAUCAAAGAUGGGAUUACGGUAUCGGUGACCGAUACCGUACCUAUACAAGUGGACGGAGUGAUUUCAACUACGCAUCCGGCACCUGUGCAUUCCCUCAUAAUUACGGCCAACAUGCAGUUUCCAACAAUUCCAGCGAACAACUACAGCGAAAUCCGGACGGUCAAACCAACUCAGAACAUUCAUUUCACUGCGAAUUUUUUGAUGCAAUUCAAGCAGUCAUGCAACAUCGAAUUUACUGUCGAAUUUAUUGAUGGAGAACAGGGUAAGAAAUGGGUAGCGGACACAACGGCAUCCUUGAAGGUUGAUGUAAAAGAGUAG